CGGACCUUGGACACAGCACGAAGCGCCUCCCAAACCGGAAGUCAGAAACACAUCAGCUGAACUGAGGUUAAAUAACUGUAGAGCUGCAGAACGAACACGAGCCGUCUGCAUUCAGAGCAGCAGUCGGACUCAGGAAACAUCAUGUUAGAACCUCAGGCUGAUCGGGUCAGGACGCUGGGAGAAUGGGAGGAAAGCUGGAAAAAGGACAACAUUGGAUUCCACAUGGAUCAUGUUAACCCGAUGCUGGCGAACAACAUUGAUAAAGUUGUCAAUGGCCGAAAAGGAGUUCGCUUCUUCUUCCCUCUCUGUGGGAAAGCUGUAGAUAUGAAGUGGCUGGCAGACAGGGGUCACUCAGUGGUCGGAGUGGAGAUCUGUGAGAAGGCAGUCCGACAGUUCUUUGAGGAGAACAACAUGAUGUACAGUGAGGAGGCUGCAGGUGGUGUACCUGGAGCAAAGGUGUUCAAGAACUCAGAGAAAAGCAUCUCGCUCUAUCAGUGUGACCUGUACAACUUCUCCAGCUCAGUCGAGGGUCAGUUUGGAGCGAUCUGGGACCGAGGAUCUCUGGUGGCCAUCAACCCUCAAGAUAGAGAAAAAUAUGCUGCUCUGAUGAUUUCUCUGAUGGCCAAAGACUGCAGAUACCUCGUGGACAAUUUGCUGUACAACCCUACAUUAUAUAAAGGUCCUCCGUUUUUUGUUCCUGAUGAGCAGCUUCACAGCCUGUUUGGUCACUGCUGUAACAUCGAGCUGCUGCAGUCUGCUGAUGCUCUGACUGACAGAACCAGAAAGUGGGGACUGGAUUAUCUGACGGAAAACGUUCAUCUCCUCACUCCCAAGAGCUGAAGUGCAAGUUUUCAACAUCUUUAUGAUGAAGGAUAUAAAUUACAUGGGAAUAAAUCAGUUUUUUAACUAGUGAAGCCUCAGAAAAUGGAUCAUGUUCAAACAAGAGAAUAAAAAUUCAAUAAAAAUGUUUUGCAGCAAGA